CACAAGUCCAUUGAGUUUACACUAGAGCUCAAAGUUCUUCGGUCUCUAAUGAGUCCUACUAGUCGACUCUUCUACCUGCUGAUGAUCAUAGAUUGUCCCAAAGUUGCACAAUGGCUGACCUUAAGCAUCCAUACUUUCCCGUUGACGCCGCUAUCCCAGGAUAUCUCCCCAACAGCACACCAGUGGCAGAGUUGAUAGCUACCUUCGGUGCAAUCGUUGGUGCUGUGAUUGGACUUACACUUUGGCAAACGACACGUACUGCAAAGCCUGUGCGGCCUAUCGAUAAAUUUGCUGCUGCUUGGUUUGCGCUGUGCGGUUUCUUGCACAUCGCCUUUGAAGGAUACUAUCUUGUCUACCGCUAUCAACUCCCUGGCAUGUCGUCCCUCUUCGCCCAGCUGUGGAAGGAAUACACUCUAUCAGACUCCCGCUACCUGACCCACGACAUCUUCACCGUGAGCGUAGAGACCAUCACAUGUCUCGCCUGGGGACCCCUCUCAUUCCUCGCCGUCGUAGGUAUACUUAGGGAUUGGCACAGUCGCCACGUCGUGCAGGUCAUCGUCUGUACUGCACAUGUGUACGGCGUUGCGUUAUAUUACCUGACCAACUGGAAUGAGUCGAGAGUGCAUGGCGUGGCGUACAGCCGCCCGGAGACUCUGUACUUUUGGAUCUAUUAUGUUGGUUUCAACCUGCCUUGGGCCAUUGUACCCCUCGGUGAGUUAGACCAUCGACUUCAAGCACCUAGGCUAACUUGAGGAUGUAGUGUUGCUGCAAGAUAGUUGGCUGCAGGUUGCCAGGGCGUUUGCAGCAUUGGAAGAGAGGAAGAGGGAGUGAUGAAUGCAAGGCGUGGAGUACAGGUUGAUGCUGUCACAGGUUUCAGGUGAAAGGUCAUCCGUGGUAGAUAAAAGUAGUGAAACAGCACAGUAUACAACAGACUGCUCUAGAAUCAAGUUAUGGGCUGACACUACACUACAGUGCUAUGCAGCACAGUUGGCUGUGUAGACCAAGAAAUGCAUUGUGUUAGUUGGAGCCCCCUAUACAAUUCUUACACAUCGUCAAGGC